UAUGUUUUUUAUGUGUAACAAAAAAUCACGGUAUAGCAUGUUUGGUUCAAUUUUAUAAUCAGAAUACGCAUGUUUUGCGUAAUUAACGUCACUAUACUCGUACAAUUUGUCAGGCAUAUACAUAGAUAACUCAAUAAUAUUGUUCGUCGCUCUCGAGUGCUGAGAAGGUUGAUGGACCAGGAACCAUGAGGCUGUGCUGUAAAUUCCUCCCCCUGCUGGAGUCAGUUUUCCUGAAUGAACCUUCUCCCAGGCUCAAUGUCAACCAUUGGGCAGUGACCCACAGACUCCUCCCCUGCAGAGGGCUGACAACUAAAGGCCCUGCCUCCUCCCACCUCACCAGACAGCAGGAGUCGGUGGAAGUGCUGGGGAAACUCUUCCCCCGCGACGACUACACCAACGUCACGCCCAAGAUCCUCUCCAAAGUGGGCCGACACCUGCACAAUCGAGCCCACCACCCGCUGUGGCUGGUCAAGGAGCGCAUCAAGGCCCACUUCUACAACAGCUACAUGGGCCGGUCGGGCACUCCGCUCUUCUCGGUCCACGACAACCUCAGUCCCGUGGUGAGCGUGGAGCAGAACUUCGACAGCCUCCUCAUCCCUGCGGACCACGUCAGCAGGAAGAAGGGCGACAACUACUACCUGAACCGGGGGCACAUGCUCCGGGCGCACACUUCUGCCCACCAGCGAGACCUGGUACGCUCCGGGUUGGAUGCAUUCCUGGUCGCGGGGGACGUGUACCGGCGCGAUGAGAUCGACAGCAGCCACUACCCCGUCUUCCACCAGAUGGAAGGUGUCCGGCUCUUCUCCAACCAUGAGCUCUUUGUGCAGGUAGAGCACGGCGAGGACCUGCGUCUGUUUGAGAGUGGGAGCUGCCGCACCCCUCAGAAGCAGGAGACCCACACGCUGGAGGCCGUCAAGCUGGUGGAGUUCAGCCUGAAACGGACCCUCACCCGUCUCGUCAGACAUUUGUUUGGGGAAGAUCUGGAAAUUCGCUGGGUGGAGUGCUACUUCCCCUUCACCCACCCCUCUUACGAGAUGGAGGUGCGGUUCCAGGGUGACUGGCUGGAGGUUCUGGGCUGUGGAGUGAUGGAACAGGAGCUGGUCCACUCAGCUGGGGCGGAGAACAAGAUGGGCUGGGCGUUUGGGCUGGGUCUGGAGAGGCUGGCCAUGGUUCUCUACGGGAUCCCAGAUAUCCGACUCUUCUGGAGUGAGGACGAGCGCUUCCUGAAGCAGUUCCGUGUGCCUCACAUCGACGACACCGUCACCUAUCAGCAACUGAGUAAAUACCCUCCCUUGAUAAAUGAUAUAUCCUUCUGGCUUCCGGCUGAUGGCUACAUGGAGAAUGACUUCUAUGACCUUGUGAGGACUAUUGCCGGGGACCUAGUGGAGAAAGUGUCCCUUGUUGACCAGUUCACUCAUCCAAAGACAGAGAAGGUUAGCCACUGCUACCGCCUCACAUACCGCCACAUGGAGAGGACCCUGAGCCAGGAAGAAGUGCGGGUCAUUCACCAGGCCAUCGAGACAGCCGCGGAACAGGAGCUGGGUGUGCAGGGGAGGUUCUGAUCCCCGGUCUCCGUCUCUCAGACCACCAGGCAGUAGACCGUCUUAGUCCCUCAAACCACUAUGCAGGACUCCAGCACCAGUUUCAUAGAAAGGGAAGCCUCAGUUUUACAGAAAAAAUAAAUAUGUCUAGAAUUCAGUGAACAGAAAUAAAAUAUUUGUUCAAUAUACUGUG